AUGAGUGAUCAGGUGCCUCCAUCGAGCCCGGCUCUUUUAGAAGAGGACAAAAUCAAGGAGAUUUUGGUUUCAGAUUCCAGUUUCAGUAUUUUAGCACAACGGUUAAAGCAGAGUAUUAGGGCAUGUGAGGAGUUUUCCUCAUUUAUAUCUAGAAAAUGUCAUGCUGAACAGAAAUAUUCCAAAGAAAUAGGUAGGAUUGUCAAUCACUGUGACCAUUCGAUAGUAUCAAAUAACGUUAUUGUUGGUGGUUCAUUUAUUGAAAGUUUGAAAAAAGUGAUUCAUUUUGAUGAGAAGGUAAAUGGUGUUAAAGAUCCUUAUAUAACGGCAUUACAAACAAUGGCUGACCAGUUAGAGGCUUUAGUCCAGCACUUUACAAUGCUAAGGAAACAACUAAAGGAAAGGGGGAAUAAGGCUGAGAAGGAGGUUAUGGAUGCAAUUAGUAUGGCCAAAAAGGCUAGAAAUAGAUAUUUUAAUUUAUGUACUGAACUAGAAAAGGUUAGAAGUGCUGAUAAAAAUCAAACCAAGAUAACACUUCAAGGUAGGAAAACCAAUUCACAACAAGAUGAAGACUUGAAGAUCAAAAUCAAAGAUGCCGAAGAUGAUUACAAUAAAAAGGCAAAUGCCUCUCAGCGGCUGAAAAAUUCUUUGAUCACCAGAGAAAGACCAAAGAUUGCAAACCAGUUCAAGAACUUGAUUAUAGAGCUGGACUAUGCGAUGCAAAUUCAGCUACAAAAAUAUUCGAUUUACACAGAGAGUUUGGUAGUAGGAAUGGGUAACCAAAUCAACCCAAUCAAUGGAUCGGAUUCCAUGAAAAAAAUUGCAACUAAUGUCGAUUUGGAGAAGAAUCUCUACUAUUACUUGAAGGGUUCUACACAGAGGAAGAACGAAAGUUUAGAACCAGUGGAAUUUAAAAGACAUCCGAUAGUCGGUGGUGUUUUGCCAAAGCCAGCUACAAAGUCAUCGACCUCAAAACCAAGAAAUUUCUCAACCAAUUCUAAAGCAGCCACAUCUUCUGGUGUUCCCCCUCCAGUUUCUUCUCAGAACCUAUCAGUAACACCAAUACAUAACUCUACUUUUAAUGAUUCCACUAAGGGAAAUCUCAAAGCAUCUGAGAUUUCAACCGGUGGUAAUGGGCAACAAUAUUCUUCUUUGAUUUCAUCCAAAUCAACUCUGCCUCCUAUACCAACUUUGGAUAUGGAGGAUCCAUCACUAGCAAAGUCAUACAACUCAUUAGACCCGGGACGCAGUCCACAACUGAAAGGGCCUAGACCCUUUGAUUCGGAUCACAAUGAUUCAACUGCUUCCUUUGGCGAUAACAGUAUGAACUUUGACUCAACAAAUGGAUACAUGUUGAGUACCGAUAGUUUAGGGGGUCAUUUAUUUGGUUUGCCAUUGGAAGCUCUUGAUUUAAAUGAGGAAGCCGUUCCAUUAUUUGUCAUCAAAUGUAUUGAGUUGAUCGAAAAAUAUGGCUCAAACACUGAAGGAAUAUAUAGACUGAGUCCUAAUAAAGCAACAUUUGAUGAGCUAAAACAUGCCAUCAAUAUGAAUCCACAAAAUUUGUCAUUAUUGGAGCCUAAAAAUCCAAACAAUGUUUCUUCCGAAUACGUUUAUAUGAUUUCUUCCUUGCUGAAAAGAUUCUUUGCAUCUCUACCGGAACCUCUGCUAACAAAUGAACAAAGAGAUUACUAUUUACAAGCUGCAGAAUUGAGUGAUAAAAUGGAAAGACAGACCAAGGUUCAUCAGCUGAUUUUUGAAUUACCUGAUUCAAACUAUUUUACACUAAGAGAUCUGUUGGGACAUCUCAGACGCCUAAGCCAAUUACCUACUGUGAGGAUGGACUCUAAAAAUCUUUCUAUUGUAUGGGCAAACAACUUGUUGGGAGGUGAUUUUGACUCAAAAGAAGAACUUGAAAUCCAAAGUCGUGUUGUUGAAGAUUUAAUCGAAUUUGCCCCAUCGAUAUUUACUUACGAAGACGAGGAAGGAGAGUGA